AUGUCUGCAACACGCUUCGCUCCUCUUCUGCGCACCCGGGUCGCCGCACCCACUCCUGCCUACCAGGCAAUUCGCUCCAUCUCAGCCACAGCUUCAUACAACAAGGGUCCUAUCGCCGCAGCCAAGGAGACCUUGAAGAAGGCCGAUCGGACCGUUUCUGAUGCAGCCGUCAAGGGCAUCGACAAGGGCCAGCAAGCUGCCCAGCAGGUCAAGGGGACCGUCGGCGCAGGUGCCAAGCAAGCACAGCAGAAGAGUGGAGAAGUCGAGGGCAAGGCUGCCGAGUAUGCCGGCCAAGUGAAGGGCGAGGCGGCCGAGUAUGCAGGCAAGGGCAAGGGAAAGGCAGAGGAGGUACUGGGCGAGGCCAAGGGCAAGACAAAGGAGGCCGCAAGUGAGGUCGAAGGCAAGGCCAGGGAGGCCAAGAGCAACCUGUAA